AACAACAGCAUCCCUUUUUAUUUAUGCUUUUAAUAGAUCUUUCCAAUAACACAUUGACUUCAAAGUAAACAUCUCACUUUCCUUCCAUCUCUCUCAGCUCGUCUCUCAUGGCGUCUGCUUCUUCCUUUGCGUCUCGCAACUACAAGUUCAACGUCUUCUCGAGCUUCCAUGGGCCUGACGUCCGUAAAACACUUCUCAGUCACAUGCGCGAGCAAUUCAAACGAAACGGGAUCACUAUGUUUGAUGAUCAAGAGAUUGUGAGAAGCCAAGAGAUAGCUCCUUCACUCACAAAUGGUAUAAGAGAAUCAAGGAUCUCGAUCGUGAUUCUCUCCAAGAAAUAUGCUUCUUCAAGCUGGUGUUUAGAUGAACUGGUUGAGAUAUUGGAGUGCAAGAGAGCUAUGGGGCAGAUAGUCAUGACCAUCUUCUACGGAGUGGAUCCAUCUGAUGUACGGAAACAGAGCGGAGAAUUCGGGAUCUCUUUCAAUGAAACUUGUGCAAAUAAGCCGGACGAGGAAAGGCAGAAGUGGAGCAAAGCUUUGAGAGAAGUGGGAAACAUUGCUGGAGAAGACUUCCAAAAAUGGGACAAUGAAGUAAACAUGAUCAAGAAGAUCACAAGAGAUGUUUCAGAUAAAUUGAAUGCAACAUCAUCUAGGGAUUUUGAUGGCAUGGUGGGACUUGAGUCUCAUUUAAGGAAAAUGGAGGAUUUGCUAGAUUUUGAUUACGAUGGAGUAAAGAUGGUUGGAAUCUCAGGUCCUGCAGGGAUCGGUAAAACAACCAUUGCCAGAGCUUUACAUAGUCGUUUCUCUCAUAAGUUUCAGCUUACUUGUUUUACGGAAAACCUUAGAGGAAGCUAUCAUAGUAGUGGUCUUGACGACUAUGGUCUGCAGUUGCAUUUACAAGAACAACUUCUGUCAAAGGUUUUGAACCAAGAUGGUACAAGGGUAUGCCAUCUAGGUGUGUUACCACAAAGGUCAAGCAGCCUGAGAGUGCUCAUCAUUCUUGAUGAUGUAAACAGUCUAAAGCAAUUAGAGGCUUUGGCUGGAGAUACUUCUUGGUUUGGUUUUGGAAGUAGGAUUAUCGUAACCACGGAAGAUCAAGAGCUUUUGCAACAACAUGGUAUCGAUAAUAUAUACCAUGUUAGUUUUCCAUCGAGACAAGAAGGUCUUGAAAUCUUAUGUAGAUAUGCUUUCAAGCAAUGCUCUCCAAAGGAGGGUUUUGAAGAGCUUGCUAUAAGGAUAACAGAACUUUGUUGCAAGCUUCCGUUGGGUCUCCGCGUUGUGGGUUCAUCUCUACGUGGGAAGAGGGAGGACGAAUGGAUAGAUGUAAUGAGUAGGCUAGAAAAUAUUCUUGAUCAAGAUAUCGAGAAAGUGUUAAAAGUCGGCUACGAAAGUCUAGAAGACAAUGAGCAAACACUAUUUCUCUAUAUUGCAAUCUUCUUCAAGUAUAAUGAUGGUGAUCUUGUGAAAGCCAUGCUGGCUGGCAUUGACUUGGACGUUAAAUACGGGUUGAAAAUCCUAGAAAGAAAAUCGCUCAUAGAGAUAUCUGCCCGUGGUGAAAUAAGGAUGCACAGAUUACUACAACAAGUGGGCAAAAGAGCUAUUCGUAGACAAAAGCUUCGGAAUCGCCAAAUCUUAGUUGAUGCUAAUGACAUAUGCGAUGUCCUACUCAAUAAUACUGUUACUAGCAAAGUGGUUGGAAUAUCGUUUGAUACAUCAGCAAUCAACGAAGUGUUUAUAAGCAAGGGAGCUUUCAAAAGAAUGCCUAAUCUCAGGUUCCUCAAAGUUAUCAACAGUAAAUAUGAUGUGUGUGAGAGAAUGGAUAUACCUGAAGAGAUAGAGCUUCCGCAACGUCUAAGGUUUCUACAUUGGAAGGCAUACCCAAUCAAGUGUCUUCCUCCUACAUUUAACACGGAAUGUCUUGUCAAACUCGAUCUUCGACAUAGCCAGUUAGAGAAACUUUGGGAAGGAACUCAGCCGCUUAAAAAUCUCAAGCAGAUGGAUCUGAGCUAUUCCUACUAUUUGAAGGAACUCCCAGAUCUUUCAAAUGCUACAAAUCUUGAGGCACUGAAACUGAAUGUUUGCAAGAGUUUGGUAGAACUUCCCUCCUCUAUUUCAAAUCUUGGUAAACUAAAAGACUUGUGGCUGGUUUCCUGCACAAAUCUAGAAGUCGUUCCAACUAACUACACCUUUUCAUCCCUUAAUCCCAUCCACAUAGAAAUAUCGCGUACGAACAUGACAACAUUCGGUAUGUCAGUCCCAGCGGCCAACGAAGUGCCUCCAGUGAGUGCCCUUUCGCUUCCUCAUUACUUCUCUCUGUCUCUAUCCUAUAAUCCAAAACUGAAGACACUAACACAAUUCCCGAUGACUAUUACUCGUCUAGACCUAAACUGUUCUGGUAUGGAAACAAUAUGCUGCAUCAAAGAUCUUCACAUGUUAGAAGCAAUUUUCCUUCUUAGCUGCAGAGAACUCAAAUCACUUCCAGAGCUCCCUGCUUCUCUCAAGUCUCUACAUGCAGAUAAUUGUGAAUCACUGGAGACCGUGUUUUGCCCUUUGAACACUCCAUUUGCGACGCUCAGUUUCACCAACUGCUUCAAACUGGGCCAACAAGCACGAAACGAAAUUAUCCACCAACGGUUUCAUACAUCUCUUCAGUCGAAGUGGUCAUGGUUACCUGGAGCUGAAGUUCCUGCAGAGUUCGAGCUCCGAGCCCUGGGAAAUACCUUGAGUUUCCCUCUUUCCGCCUUCUCCAAGUUUAAGGUCUGCCUUGUUUGUUCCCCUAAUAACCUACCCCAUUCAUAUUUGUUUCAUCCUAACUACCACUUGAUUUGUCGCCGGAUACGCAAAGGCUACUCAUACCCCAUCCAGGAAAUCAAGUUACGUAAAUUCUUCAUCGCAUCAAAUCAACCCGCGAAGCAUCUCUUAGUUUUCCACUCUGACUUGCUUCUCGAGUACGGAUGCCUUGAAGAGAGCGGAGAGUUAACGUUUGAAUUCACCAACGACAACAACUACUUCGACGUUAUUGAAUGUGGUGUCCAGAUCGUGAAGGAGGAACCCCACGAAAGCAAUCAUGUAGGUUCUGGCGACAAGGAUGGUGACAGUAACCAAUGGAAUACACAGGAAUCCGGCCAAGAUUCAGACGAGGAAGAAGAAGCAGAUAUUAUCAGUGGCACGGGAUCUGAAUAUGGACUCAGCGACCAAUGAAGAGGAUCACAUAUCUGUAUCCAGGAAACGUGCCAGGAAAACAACGAUGACAGGUGCUUCUGAACCAAAAGACGACGUUCUGAACCAAACAGAUAUGUAUCAAUAAAGUCUCUCCCCCGUUAUAAUAUUGUUUUAUAUACGACCAAACAGAUAUGUAUCAACAGAGUAACUCCCCUGUUGGUCUUCUACCUCGUAAUCCUGUUAUUUUGUGGCAACGUAUUUCUUACCAGGUUAUAUAUAUAGUCAUCUUUAUUCAGGGCUUCGUGGGUGAGAGCGGUCCUUAAAUUUUAA